AUGGGCGGGAGAAAGGGCAAAGCGCCCCGCUGCCCCGAGGGACCCAAGAGGCCGGACUCGGGGGAGCAGGAGUCGGGGUCUGCCAGCGGGGACCGCCGACGGGGCCGUGGUGAGGCUCGGGGCUCCGGACCUGUCUCGGACCCCGCCACCGCGGGAGCGCCGGGGACCCCUGGCGGCCGCAGGAAGCCCACCGCACAGGGGAACGGCGGCUGCCCACGGCCAGGGGCUGGGCCUCCGCCAGCGGCUCCGGGGAGGCAAGGCAGUGCCAGGCGUCGGGGACGCGGGCCCAGGGAGAGCCGUGAGCCCGGGGACGGCCGUGGGGGGCGCCUGGAGGACAGUCUCCCCCGAGGAGAAGGGAGAACAGGCGGGCACGGCCGCCGCAGGAGGAAAGGGAAAGGGCGGGGACCCUCGGCGAGGCGGGGACGCCGAGCGCCUCGCAGCCCCGAUGGGGACACGUCGGGCGGCGACCGGGGCAGCUCCUGCCCGGACAGCGAGGCCCGCGAGGACCAGGAAAGCGGCAGCCAGAGCGGCGGGACCCCGGGGCUGCGGCCCAACCCCGAGCAAACGAACGCGAGCUCGGGAGACACCCGAGCCGGGCCGGCGGCCGCGCUGGGGCAGGGCGCGCACCCCAGCAGCGACGGCAGGAGCAGCGACGAGCCCCACUCAGAGCCCCGAAGCCGGGGAGGGUCGUUGUGGACCGGGCCCCGGAGAGCGACGGCCGAUUCCGGGUCAGACACGGACUGGAGGCGGGAGGAGGCCGGACCUGAACCGGGCCCGCGGGCAGCCCCAGGGUCAGGGAGCCGGGCCACGGAGGAGGCCGAGCCGCGCAGGGAGGCCACGACCUCCGGCCCCCUCGAGGGCGGCCCCGCUGGCGUCCCCAAGAGCUCGCGGGCUUCUCGGGACACAAGCGACGACGGGGCGCGGCCAGAGGCUGAGCCCGGGGGAGCCGAGGCCUCGACGGCCAGGGCUCUGCGCCGCCAGGUCGGACAGGUGUCGGGGAAGGUGCAGGCGGCGGCGAGCGAGGGCGCAGCAGGGGGUGGGGGGGGAGACGGGCCCGGGGACCCAGCGCCGCUGGCCGCCCUUGUGGCGCUGCACCGGCUCCGCGCGAGGGCGCCCCCCGGGCCCGCUCCCCAGGCUGCGGGUCCCCGUCGCCCAAGCCUCAAGAAAAGGCUGCUUGGCGUGGCCCAGGCCCUGGGCCUCCUGCGGUGGCUCUGGCGUCUGCUCGGGCUGCGGGGGGGCGGGGGGCAGGAGGCCGAGCAGCCCGCCGGCGAGGGGCCGGGGGCGCGCGAGGGGCCGGGGCGCGCGCGGGGGCUGCGGCGCCGUCUGGGGCUGCGCCUGGCGGGCGUGGUGGGGCUGCGGGGACGGCCGAGGGCUCCCCCUGGCGGCAGCCCGAGCUCCCCGCAGGUCGCGGAGAGCCCAGCCCGCCCGGACCCUUCGAAGAACCAGGACCCGACUCCGGAUCCCAAGUUCGCGGUCGUGUUCCCGAGGAUCCACAGGGCGGGGAGGGCGUCGAGCAGCCGGAGCUCAGAGGACGCGUCCGAGGACGCCCCCUCCAGGGAGGGGCGCGUUUGGCCUUGUGCAGGGGCCGCAAGGGACAGUGAGGGGCGCUGGGAGAGUGGAGAAGGGGAGGCGGGACCCCCGCGGGACGGGAGCGGCUCCAGCAGCGAAGCAGAGCCCGGGACCUUGGAAGCGGAGGCGCCGGUGCACUGGGCGCAGGACCCCGACGCCCGCGAGGACCCGGGGCCUGGCUCAGACGCGCUGCUGCCCCAACUCACCUUGGAGAAGCGCCCAGGGCCCUACCGGCCGCAGAGGGAUCCCUGGGAGCCGGAGGACGAGGUGGAGGAGGCGCUGGAGAGGGACCUGGAGCUGAGCCUUGGGUCCGGCCUGGAGGCGCCGUCCCUCCCCGGUGCCGAGGGCAGGAACCCAGGGACCCUCCUGGAAGACACCGAGGACCUGGCCCGGCUGCGCCCGCUGUGUGACAGCUCCCUUCUGCUGUGCCUCAAGAAGAGGUUUCGCCUGGGCCGCAUCUACACCUUUGGGGGGCCCCUCCUGCUCGCUCUGAACCCCCGCUGGCCCCUGCCUGUCUUCUCGCCUGAGGUCCUGGCCAGCUACCACCCCAGGAAGGCCCCCAGUGCCACCCCACACAUCUUCGCCGUCGCGGCAUCAGCCUACAGCCUGUGUCGGGGCUCGGGGCGGGACGCAGGCGUUCUCCUCAGUGGGCACAGUGGCUCAGGGAAGACAGAAGCCGCCAAACAGAUGGUGCGGUUCCUGAGCAGCCUGGAGCAGGAGCAGACGAGGGACGGAGGAUGUCAGCUGGACGACGUGCUGCCCUGGCUCGGCAGCUUUGGCCACGCCAAGACAGUCCUCAAUGCCAACGCCAGCCGCUUCGGCCAGGUCCUAUGUCUCCGCCUGCAGCACGGGGUCAUCGUGGGAGCUUCUGUGUCACAUUAUCUGCUUGAGACCUCGAGGGUGGUGUUUCAGGGCCGGGCCUGCAGGCUCCAGGGCAAGGAGGAUGCCCAGGACUUCGCAGGACUGGUGAAGGCCCUGCAGGCGCUGGGCUUGUGCCCCGAGGAGUUGACCGCAGUCUGGGCCGUGCUGGCUACCAUCCUGCAGCUGGGCAACAUCUGCUUCUCCUCGUCAGAGAGGGAGUCCCAGGAGGUGGCUGCCGUGUCCAGCUGGGCCGAGAUCCACACCGCAGCCCGGCUGCUGCGGGUGCCGCCCGAGCGCCUGGAGGGGGCUGUCACCAGAUGCGUCACGGAGACGCCCUACGGCCCGGCCUCAAGAUCCCUGCCCCUGGAGAGGGCCAUUGAUGCCAGGGACGCCCUGGCCACGGCCCUGUACUCGCGGCUCUUCGCCUGGCUCCUGAGGAGGACCAACACGCGGCUGGCCCCACCCGGGGAGGGAGGCAGCACGAACACCAUCACUGUCGUGGACGUCUAUGGUUUUGAGGCACUGCGGGUGAACGGCCUAGAGCAACUGUGCAACAACCUUGCCAGCGAGCGCCUGCAGCUCUUCUCCAGCCAGAUGCUGCUGGCCCAGGAGGAGGAGGAAUGUCGGCGAGAGUCGCUGCCCUGGGUGCCCAUCCCCCAGCCUCCGAGGGAAUCCUGCCUGGACCUCCUGGUAGAACAGCCCCAGAGCCUCCUGCAUAUCCUGGAUGCCCAGACAUGGCUGUCCCAGGCCACCGACCACACCUUCCUGCAGAAGUGCCACUAUCACCAUGGCGAUCACCCAUGCUACGCCAAGCCCCAGCUGCCCCUUCCUAUCUUCACCGUGCGACACUACGCAGGGACCGUCACCUACCAGGUUCACAAAUUUUUAAACAGAAACCGGGACCACCUUGACCCUGCGGUGGUAGAAAUGCUUGCCCAGAGCCAGCUCCAGCUGGUGGGCAGCCUGUUCCAGGAAGCAGAGCCCCAGGGCGGGGGAGGGCAAGGCAAGCCCACCCUGGCCUCUCGAUUCCAGCAGUCCCUGGGGGACCUCCUAGCCAGGCUGGGCAGGAGCCGUAUCUACUUCAUCCAGUGCCUCAACCCCAACCCCGGGAAGCUUCCCAGCCUCUUUGAUGUGGGACACGUGGCCGAGCAGCUGCGCCAGGCAGGCGUCCUGGAGGCCGUUUGUGCCCGCAGUGCCCACUUCCCUGUGCGCCUGCCCUUCCAGACCUUCCUGGCCAGGUUCCGGACCCUGGGGACCGGGGAGCAGGGAGAGCCCUCUGACCGGGAGAGGUGUGGCGCCAUCCUGAGCCAGGUGUUGGGGCCUGAGUCGCCCCUCUGUCACCUUGGAACCACCCAGGUCCUGCUGCAGGAGCCGGGCUGGCAGCAGCUGGAGCAGCACUGGGCCCAGCGGCGCGCCCAGGCCCUGCUCAUCCUGCACCGUGGGCUGCGGGCCUGCAUCUCCCGCCAGCGCCUCCGCCUCCUGCCGCGGAUGCAGGCUCGUGUGCGGGGGCUCCAGGCCAGGAAGCGGUACCUCCGGCGCCGGGCAGCCCUGGGACAGCUGAACACGGUGCUGCUGGCGGCCCGGCCCCUGCUCCGGAGGAGGCAGAGACUGCAGCUUGGGCACUGGUGUGGCUGGCACGGCGGCGGGUCCUCCGAGAGCGGGCCAAGCAUGGAGCUGGCGCGCUUGGAGAUCCCGGCCGAGCUGGCCGUGCUGCUGAGGGAAGAGGAAGGCCGUCAGCACACGCUGGCCCAGAGCAUCACUGAGACCAAGCCCCCGGAGGUUCCUGCUCGGCCCAGCCUGACCCUGCCGCCGGACAUCGACCAGUUCCCCUUCUCCACCUUCAUCUCCACCGGCUUCCAGGAGCCAUCUCUGCCCGCUCCUGGGCAGCUGCUGGACAAGCCGCUGACCCGGCUGGACGGUGAGAACCCUCAGCACGCCCUGGAUAUCAACAAGGUGAUGCUGCGGCUCCUCGGGGAGGAGUCCCUGCCGUCCUGGCAGGAGCAGACCAUGGGCACCUACCUGGUGAGGCAGGGGCAGCGCCGGCCGGGACUGCGAGACGAGCUCUUCAGCCAGCUCGUGGCCCAGCUGUGGCACAACCCCAACGAGCAGCAGAGCCAGCGGGGCUGGGCCCUCAUGGCCAUCCUGCUCAGCGCCUUCCCCCCGGCGCCCGCCCUGCAGAAGCCGCUGCUCAAGUUUGUGUCAGACCACGCCCCCAGCGGCAUGGCAGCGCUGUGCCAGCACAAGCUGCUGGUGGCCCUGGAGCAGACACGGCUGGCCCCUGAGACCACACGUGCCCACCCCCCCACUCAGCUCGAGUGGACGGCCGGACGGCGCCGAGGACGCAUGGUGCUGGACGUCUUCACUCUCAAUGACGAGUGCUUCUCGGCAGAGGUGGAGUCCUGGACUACGGGGGAGCAGUUUGCCGGGUGGAUUCUGCAGAGCAGAGGCCUGGAGGGGCCCCCCCGUGGCUGGUCCGUGUCACUGCACUCCGGGGACUCCUGGGAGGACUUGGCUGGCUGUGACUUCGUGCUGGACCUGAUCGGCCAGACCGAGGACCUGGGGGACCCUGCUGAUCCCCACAGCUACCCCAUUGCCCCCCGAAGCUUAGCCGAGGACAUCCCCCCCGCCCCGGGCGUCCAGGCCCCCUCACUGUACCCAGGUCCCCCUCCAGGCCCAGCCCCGACACUCCCUGGCAGGGGCCACACAGGGGAGUCCCGGGCCUCAGGGAACCUGGAUAGCUACCUGGACCACAUCUUCGAGCCAGUCCUCUCCCCAGGCCUCAGCGAUCUGGAACAAGCCAGGGCUCUGAGCAGCCGCAUGAAGGGAGGGGGCGGCAUCGGGCCCAUGCAGCAAGGAAGCUACCCUAUGGUGUACCCAGGGAUGAUGCAGAUGCCUGGAUACCAGCCAGCUAUGAUGCCUGCACCCAUGCCCAUGAUGCCAGCAAUGGGCACAGUCCCUGCCAUGCCAGCCAUGAUGGUGCCACCACAGCCGCAGCCACAGCCCCUGCUCCCCAGCGUGGACGCCAGGCAGCUGGCAGCCCAGCAGCAGAACUUCAUCAACCAGCAGGCGUUGCUCCUGGCCCAGCAGAUGACCGCCCAGGCCAUGUCCCUGACCCUAGAGCAGCAGACUCAGCAGCGCCAGCGCCAGGCCACGUCAGCCAUUGCCCCGAAGCCCAAGAAGCCCCCGGCCCCCCGGGAGGAGCCGGAGCAGGAGCCGGAGCCGGUGGGUGUCUGCCUGAGGGAGACCUCACAGGACGAGGAGGAGAGGCUGAGGAGCUUCCAGCAGAAACGGAACUAUUUCCAGAAGAUGGGGCAGCAGCAGAUCAAGGUGAAGAUGGUGAAGCCUCCGGCCAAGGUGCAGAUCCCCCGAGGGGAGGAGCAGGAAGAGGAGGAACCCAGUGCAGUUUUGCACAGGGUCUCACCUGUUUCCUCCUCGGCAGUGCCAUCUCCUCCUCCCGCCCGGGGAGUGAAGAAGCCACUGACACCAGGUGGGACCAAAGCUGUGCGGAAGGCAGAGGCUGAGCUGGCCCAGAAGGUGGAGCCUGAUGGUGGUCCCAGGCAGGCGCAGGGCAGAGAUGCGGUGCCCAAACCAGAAUCCCCGAAGCUGCCCAGCAGGGAGAUCCGUAACAUCAUCCGCAUGUACCAGAGCCGCCCAGGCCCCGUGCCCGUGCCGGUGCAGCCAUCCAGGCCCCCCCAAAAUUUCCUGAAGAAAAACAACCCUAAGGAUGAGGCUCUGGCUAAGCUGGGGAUCAGCGGUGCCCAAUCGCCCUCCUCGGUGAGGCCCGCGCUGUGCCCAGAGAAGGGUCCUCCGCCAGCUGUGGCCCCUCGACCCAAGGCCGCACCGCGGAUCCGGACCUCCAACUCCAUCCGGGAGAAGCAGGGGCCCCUUCAGCAGCUGUUUGGCCAGAAGCCACCCACUGCCCAGGCACCCCCACCUCCACCCGCGCCCCCACUGCCUCCACCUGGGGACCCGGGGACCCCUUCAGCUGAGCCCCGCGGCUUUCUGGGGUCCAUGGGAGAUCAGGGGGUGAGCACCCAGCUACUCGUGCCCUCCGGCAGCGUGUGCUUCUCCUACACCAGUGCGCCCUGGAGGCUGUUCCUACGCAAGGAGGUCUUCUACCCCCGGGAGAACUUCAGCCACCCCUACAACCUCGGGCUCCUCUGUGAGCAGAUCCUGAAGGACACCUUUUCCGAGUCCUGCACCCGGAUCUCCCAGGACGAGCGGUGCAGAAUGAAAGACCUGCUGGGAGACCUGGAGGUGGGCCUGGACUCACUCGGCACCACUGAGGACAGUGUCAAGAAGCGCAUUGUGGUGGCCGCUCGGGACAACUGGGCCAAUUACUUCUCCCGCAUCUUCCCCGUCUCGGGCGAGAGUGGCAGCAACGUGCAGCUGCUGGGCGUGUCGCACCGGGGGCUGAGACUGCUCAAGCUGGCCCGUGGCCCCGGCGUCGGCCUCCACCAGCUGAAGACUCUCUGCUCCUACAGCUUUGCUGAGGUGCUGGGCGUGGAGUGCCGGGGGGGCUCCACCCUGGAGCUGACACUGAAGAGCGAGCAGUUGGUGCUGCACUCGGUCCGGGCAGGUGCCAUCAAGGCCAUGGUGGAGCUCUUCCUGAGUGAGCUCCAGAAGGACUCUGGCUAUGUCGUCGCCUUGCGAAGCUACAUCACCGAUGACCGCAGCCUCCUCAGCUUCCACCGCGGGGACCUCAUCAAGCUGCUGCCGGCCAUCGAUCUGGAGCCAGGCUGGCAGUUUGGCUCUGCCGGCGGCCGCUCCGGACUCUUUCCUGUGGACGUGGUGCAGCCGGCGGCUGCCCCGGACUUUUCCUUCUCGCUGCUGCGCGGAGAGCCAGGCCUGGCUCCGCGGGAGAGGGGGUUGGAGGGCCCCGCCAGACCCUCGAGCCAGGCACACGGUGACAACUCAGAGGCCAGCGGCCUGCCCUUCUCCGAGGUCCCUGCCUCUCUGUCCAUUGUCUCCCACAACUACACCAUGCAGGACUUUGCCCUGAAAUACUUCCGGAAGCCCCAGACCUUGCUGGCCCAGGCAGGUGGAGAUGCUCAGAAGGCCAUGGCCAGCCUGGUGCAGUACACCAAGGCCCCCAUCCAGGAGUCGCUCAUCAGCCUCAGUGAUGAGGACACGAGCAGGCAGGCUGUGGAGAGCUUCCAGGUUCUGAUGCAGUUUAUGGGGGACCAGCCGAAGCCCCGGAGCAAGGACGAGAUAGAGCUCCUCUAUGAGCUGCUGAAGCUGUGCCGGGAGAAGGAGAACCUCAGGGAUGAGAUUUACUGCCAGGCCAUCAAGCAGGUCACGGGACACCCCCGGCUGGAAUUCUGUGCUCGAGGCUGGAGCUUCCUCAGCCUCCUCACCGGCUUCCUGCCGCCGUCCGUCACGCUGAUGCCCUACGUGACCCAGUUUCUGCAGGACGCGGGCAGGAGUCAAGAGCUGGCCCGCAGCAGCCAGAAGCACCUCCAGCAGACGGUCAAAUACGGGGGGCGCCGGCGGCUGCUGCCCCCGGGUGAAAUGAAGGCGUUCCUGAAAGGGAAAAUGCUCCGCCUGCUCCUGGUUCACCUGCCCGGAGGCGUGGGCUACAAGACCAACAUCGGGCCUUUCACCGUGGCAGCAGAGGUGCUGGAGGAGCUGUGUGGGAAGAUGGGCAUCACGGAGCCCGAGGAGGUCCAGGAAUUUGCCCUGUUCCUCAUCCAAGGCGAAGGUGAGCUGGUGCGGCCCCUGCGGCCCCAGGAGUACCUCAACAACGUGCUGGUGGACCGGGAGACCAGCCUGCACAGCCGGCGGCUCGGCUGGGAGACCCGCCUGCACUUCGAUAACCCCACCUACAUCAGCACCCACUACAGCCAGGUGCAGCGAGACUACCUGCAGGGGAAGCUGUUGGUCGGCGCCCAGGCAGAUGCCCUAGUUGCCAGGCUGGCUGCCCUCCAGCUUGUCAGCAGGACCCAAGAGGCCCCCCGCUCAGAGCAAGACCUGCUGGCUUACUUGCCGAGGCUGCCGCAAGGCCAGUUGAACAUGGCCGCCAUCCAGAGCCUGAUGGACCAGGAGCUGCGGCAGCUGCAAGGACGCAGCGCCCAGGAAGCUCAGAUCGACUUCAUCGAGGCAGCCAGCCAGCUGCCCCUUUUCGGUUACACUGUCUACGUGGUGCUGCGAGCGAGUGACCUGACGCUGCCCAGACCCAGCCUCCUGGGGCUGAACCGCCAGCACCUCAUCAUCAUGGACCCCAGCUCCCAGGCGCUGUGCUGCUCCAUCGCCCUGAGGGACCUGCAGCAGCUCCACCUGCUGAGCCCCCUGGAGGCAGACAGGCCCCCUGCCCUGGAACUCAACUACGGCUCCGCUGACAGCCCCCAGACCGUCUGGUUCGAGCUGCCGCAGGCCCGGGAGCUGCAGCACACCAUCACCUUCCUGCUCCACAGCAGCGACACUUCCGUUUAGUGGCCGCCUCACCCGAGAGGAGAGGUGGAGGGCAGGAGAGGACGAAGGGCCCUCCCUGGGCCCUCCCUGGGCCCAGUUCCACCCGAUGGUCUCCCUUGGUUGCUGUCAGGUCACUUUGGUUUGGACUUUGUGGCUUGGCUGUUCUGGAACCUGCCCAGCACAGCCCGGCUGGCCCACAUGAAGGUCCCAAAGCAGGGGCUGCUACAGUGACAUCAACUGGGAUGGACUCCUUCGGGGGACGUGGGGGCUGUGGGAACUCAGCGUGGGAGCUGAUGUUGCCCGUCUGGGGGCAGUGCCCGCCUGGCCCCGGCUCAGGAUCAGCACGAGCCCAGACCUGGGGGCAGCAGCUGCCGAGGAAAUAAAGCUCCGAGAGAAAACC